GUGGCCAAGGCUGCAUUUGGCGGAGGAAAGGUAGCGGCGCGGGCGCGGAGGAAGGAAGGAAAGAAGGCCGGCAGAGGAGAGAAGGCCGGGACUCUGCGCCUCGCGCGGGCCGCAUUGCGCGCCUCCUUGUCUCCCUCCGCCAUGGGCAACACUGUGGCUCGAGAGGACUUCGAAUGGGUUUAUACGGACCAGCCGCACGCCGACCGGCGCAAGGAGAUCCUGAGUAAACAUCCGGAAAUAAAGACCUUGAUGAAACCAGAUUAUAAUGUGAUCUGGUUAACUGUACUGAUGGUGUUUGCUCAGGUGGUUGCUCUUUACCUGGUUAAAGAUUUGGACUGGAAGUGGGUUGUAUUUUGGUCCUACGUGUUUGGCAGUUGUCUUGAUCAUUCCAUGACUCUGGCUAUUCAUGAGAUUGCUCACAACAGCGCCUUUGGCAACUGUAAAUCCUCAUGGAAUCGAUGGUUUGGAAUGUUUGCCAAUCUCCCACUUGGUUUUCCAUACUCCAUAUCUUUCAAGAGAUACCACAUGGAUCAUCAUCGUUAUCUUGGUGGCGAUGGGAUAGAUGUGGACAUUCCUACUGACUUUGAGGGAUGGUUUUUCUGCACCCGAUUUCGAAAGCUCCUGUGGAUUAUACUUCAGCCCUUAUUUUAUGCCAUUAGACCUCUCAAUAUUAAUCCAAAACCAAUUUCCCGACUUGAAAUCAUCAAUUUUGCAAUUCAGUUUGGCUUUGAUGCUUUGGUAUACUAUUUCCUGGGAAUAAAAUCACUUUUCUAUUUACUAGCAGGUGCAGUACUAGGAUUAGGCUUGCACCCUAUUUCAGGACAUUUCAUAGCUGAACAUUAUAUGUUUUUAAAGGGAUAUGAAACAUAUUCAUACUAUGGGCCACUUAAUAAACUUACAUUCAAUGUUGGCUACCACAAUGAACAUCAUGACUUUCCUAAUGUUCCUGGAUCAAGCCUUCCACUGCUGAAGAAAAUGGCCCCCGAAUACUAUGACCACCUGCCACAGUAUAACUCCUGGGCAAAAGUGCUGUAUGACUUUGUGAUGGAUGAUACUAUCAGCCCCUACUCACGCAUGAAAAGGCACCUGAAAGGAGAAGUGAAACAGGAAUAAACUUAUCAGUAAAAAUUUUAUCUUUCCAAACACAUUUGAUUUUGUAGUAGCUGGUACAAAGUAUUACUUGACAAAUAUGUAUUGGCUCAAUAUCUUGACCUAGGCUGAAAUAUGUAUAUUGGUACAUUCUAGAACAAGAUCUCUGAAGAAUUAAAAUAUUGCCAGAAAUGUAAUAUUCCUGUUUUGCAUUAUGGUUUACUGUUUAAUUUUUCUGUGCUUAUGCUAGUAUUAAUGUUACAGAAUGUGUUUAGUAGCUGUUCACUCAAAAACUGGUUUCUUUAAAUUUUUAAGUACAGUAUAUGAAAAGGACAAAAAUUGUGUUUAAACAUGCUGUCAUAGUUGUCCUUCUAGCAAAGUAUUACUUUCUAAAAUAAUACCUAGUUAAAAUAACAAAAUGUUUUCAGUUUAAAGUAGUUUAUCAACAUUUUUGGCUGCAACAUCUUCAAACCUGAGGUAUACGUUGGUGUAUUUCAGUGCUUAUAGUACUCAUUUUCAGCUGGAAAAUACAUACCAAAUCCUUGAAGCAUACUCUCCAUAACUUAUUGGACAUGAAACCCCAGCUUUCAAGUGCACAAUCUCUAUACUAAAUUAAAAUUGCAAGCCUGGGAAAAAACUUCUGGGAAAUAAUUUUCUGGUAUCUUUUCUGAGUCUGUUUACUAGAACAUUGAAGAGUAAUGUCAAGUAGACACUUCAUCUAAGCUAGAUUCAGUACAGAUGGUGUUUUCUUAGGUGGGAGGAGUGUUGGAGUGUUAGUUCUUGACAGGGAGUAGCAAGUUAGUAAAUGUGUACAAGAUCAUCCAUGAAUUUAUAAAAUACCUAUAUCCUAAAGGGGAGCAUAAGUAAGCUGUUGUACCAAAACUCUCUGGCACUUGAAGAAAAUCAUAUUUUGAAUUAACUGCACUAAUAUAAAUGUAGCAUACCAUAUUCUUAAAAUCACGGGUAAAAUACAGGAGUGGACUUUUGUGUCACAGCACACCUAAUAGCCUUUUCACUUGUCUGCUUUUAAAAACUGGUCUUGAUUUACUCUUAAGACCUUUUUUCAGUUUCUCUUUGCAUGUGGAAUGGGAGUAGCCUCAAAUACUAGCCCUUAAAAGUUUUCUAUUACAUGUGAUCUUGAAAGCAAAAAGUGUUCAAAUAAAAGAAAGAUAAGCAUGCUGUGAUACCAAAAGUUAAAUAUUUAACAUAACCUUAUCUGCCUUUUAAUUUUGGCUUAAUUCAAAUAACAUUCCUGUCCUCAGUAGUUGCCAUGGACUCUUGUGAGUUCUAUCCCAACUUAGAAAAUAAGGGAAAAUAGAAUGUCUUAAUAUGGUAGUAAAUACUACAGCAACAGUUUAACAGAUCUAAACAUAGGGGCACAGGUAAAUUAAUUUAAACUAAGGCAACUUAAAUUGUCAAGAAAGUCUAGUUUUAACCUCUGACCAUCAUUCCAGAGCCUUAAUAUAAAUAAACUAGCUGUAGCACUAUACAAAAUUAAAAAAAAAUCCACGGUUAAUUCUUUAGAAGAAAAUGCAGCAGCUCAUAAGAGGAUCAAAAGUUAGUAGUAUAAUUAAUUAUGUGCCUUUGGUAUGGAUUUAACACCUUUAUUAAAAUAUUUUUAAAAAUUCUGCAUAUUAAGAAAAAAUCCUGUAUACUGCAUAAGUAAUUUUUAUCAUUGUGGAAAUAAAUGUUCAUAGAUGGCAGAUACGCUAUUUCAAAGUUAAUGUCCCCAAGAGCUUUCUCAACAUAUUGCCAAACUGCCUUAUGAGUGAAUUUUUUUUUGUUUUAAAAAUGUUUAGUAUUUUGGUUAGCCUCCCCGCCCCCUUUAAUCUCCCAUUUUGGUCCCAUGCAGAAGCAUCACCAGGUACAUAUACUUAGUUGAUAUAUCUGUCUGAAUAGAUGUGUCUGAAGAGUGCUUCUGAGUUGUACAAUUCUUUCAGUGUUUUGAAAGAAAUAAAAUGACUGUUUUGCUGGC